AUGCCAUCCUCCAUCGACUCAAUACCACCACUGGUGCCCCUCCCAGCAACUUCAGACUCGACCACAUCUGCCGCGAAUAAAGGCCAUGCUCUAGAUGAAGACAUGGUCGACAAAUUUGCUACACUUUUUUCACCUCCAACACCACGUGCUUCGCCCACAGGCUUCGACAGUAUAUGGAAGACACCUGCACCUUCGUCCUAUCAACAUCCUUAUCCACAACCACCCCGCCACGAGCGCUCCAUGUCGUCGGAUUCUGAUUUCGGGGCAUUCGUCUCCGUUGCAGCCUCCGAAGAUCCAUUAGCUUCCUCUUUCGCAGAUGCAGCUCCCGAUUCCUAUUUUUCAUUGACGAAUACCUCUUCCUCCGAGGAAUUUCACGCUUUCCAGACUGCUCCCGCCGCCACUACACCAUCCUCCACCACCUCCAAAACUGUAAACGCGAAUGGCCAUGGAAGCAACCCUAGCUUGUCGUUCUUUGAAGAGUUUGCGAAGGUUGCGAAAGAUGCGAAUGAGAAGAAUAGAAGGGUAAUUUUGGACGAGAUUGAGAGGGAGUCUUUGUUUUCGACGGGUGCUAGGGACGACGCGAAUUCGAGUGAGGGAAAAGGCACUGGAGGUGCCGUCGAGGUUGGUGAUGCUGGUACCACCGAAAGCAGUCGUGUUCAUGAAGAUUCGGAUGGAUGGGGACCUCCAGAAUUAACUCAAUCACUCAUCGACCUCGACCACAACUUCUUUUCUACACGAGACCGGAAUCACAGACGCGCGAAGACCGUUGCAGGACAUCCGCCUGUUUCUAUCCAUCCACGUCCUCCGUUCCGUUCAGGAUCUCAUUCCCAAUCCGGUUCACCCUCAAUACCAUUCUCGAGGUCUCCUACCCUAUCGACGCCUACGGUUGCGCCGCCCAUUGCGUCUACAUCCACUAAUGUAUCUUCGUCGCCUUCCCCGGACCUUGGAACACUAGGACGUUCGACAAUGACAGAUCUGUCGUCCUCGUAUCAAACGCUUACGAAUAUCUCGUCCAAGUGGAUAGGAGGAUUUCUCUCUUCUACUCCUGAUUCGCCAUCGUCAUUCUUCCCUUCACCACCCACGUUAUCGUCAACAUCGAAAAAGAUCAAAACGAGUGUUUUUGGGGGUUCCCAUCGUUCGCAAUCCCCUCAAGAACCGACCCACCACCCUCCGCAACCCCAUCUGCGUUCAGAAACGGAUCCAAUAUAUCACGGCCCUUCCCCCUUCGCCCCUCAUGUUCACCUACUGGGGAGUAUUAGUGGAGCCCCUGGGUUUAUCCCUGAAAGAGGGUGGGAUAAGGGGUAUUCGAACGAGUUGAGGGAGGAGUUUGAGACUGGUAGGAGGGUAGAGGGCAGUUCGGAAGCGGUUCCUGGUGGUCUUAGUGUCGGUGUUCCUCAAUCCGGACCUAGGCCAUCAUCCCAGCCUACCUCCCAGAAGACGGCGGUGGGUAUAGGAGGGUGGAUUGAGAGAAAGGGUGGGGGUGUCGUGGAGUUGAAGGGGAGGAAGGAGACUACGGAUCCUGUAUUGGAUGUUGAGUUGGCUGAAAAGAUUCGAAGUAACCUCCCGGCUCUCUCGCGCCUCCCCCGAUCAUGGAAUCUCUUAUACUCUCUCGACCAGCAUGGGAUAUCCCUGAACACGCUCUACACCAACUCGGAAGCCGCACCACAAAUGAAAACCCAAUCUUCUUCAGGUUUCGCAACCCGUAUAGGCGCACUCGUUGUCAUCAAAGACUCAGGUGACCAACUGUUUGGAGUAUACGUCGGUGACGGGGUGAAACGGGGAAAAGGGUAUUACGGAAGUGGAGAGUCAUUUCUCUGGAAGAAGGAAAGUCUGAAGGAUCAGUUGGAAGUGUAUAAAUGGACAGGGAAGAAUGAUUAUGUUGCACUAUGUGAUGGGGAGUUUUUGUCGUUUGGUGGUGGCGAUGGCGCAUAUGGACUAUACGUCGACGAAUCCCUCCUUGAAGGAUCGACGGCACGAUGUCCCACAUUCGAUAAUCCACCUCUGUGUUCCAGGGUUGGUAUGAAGAAGGGAAGAGCGGUUAUGUUCGAGUGUGUUGGGUUGGAGGUGUGGGGCGUUGGUCCCUAA